GAACCAAGGAGAACGCAACAGCAAGCAGUGGUUCAGCGGGAAGUAUCCAAGCGUGGAUACAGCCAGAAGGACGACGAGUUUAAGACCAAAAAAAAAAAAGAAGAGGAGAACAGAAGGGGUCAGUUUAUGAAACGAAAGUGCCGCAUGCCACGUGAAGGAAUUCCUCAAUUUGUCUUGUCAGGGGUUUUGUAUUAUCAAAGGUUACGACGUUGACGCAGGCAAGCGUUUAAAAUGAGCGAGCCACCACGAGGAAUACAGCCAGGGAACGGCGUAGAGGAGUACCUGUUCGACCCACGUCUCCUGGAAAGGAUCGUAGACAUCAAAGAUGGGAUUUGGGUUAGACCUUUGUCGAUUGAAGAUUACGAUAAAGGAUUCAUUCAAGUCUUGGGACAACUCACAAAAGUGGGAGACAUGAGUAAAGAGCAAUUUUCUGAAAGAUUCAGGAAGAUGAAAGCAUCUGGCGAUUACUACGUCAUUGUGGCAGAGGAUAAAAAUGUUGGGGAGGUCAUAGCUUCUGCGACACUUCUAACGGAGCAAAAGUUCAUCCACAACUGUGCACUGAGGGGGCGACUGGAAGAUGUGGUUGUGAAUGAUAAAUACAGAGGUAAAUCCUUGGGCCAGUUGAUGGUGAGGACGGUUAGCCUGCUUGCCCAACGACUGCGGUGUUACAAGCUAUCCUUGGACUGUAAGGAUACCAUUGUGAAAUUCUAUGAAAGAUUGGGUUUCAUCAAAGAACCAGCUAAUGGAAACCAUCUCAACGCCCGAUUCGACUACGAAAGCCCAACUAGCAACUUAUGAGAUUAGCUAUACUUAUAAACUAUAAUGUAUAUUUCCCUGCCUAGUUAUGAUAGAUAGAGUUCGUGCGAAUAUAUUCUAAAUUACCGAAGGUCAAUAUGUCCAUUAAUUGGGCAGAAACGAAGAAAGUUAAUUGUAUAUAUGUAUAUAAUGCAUUUAACGAUUCCAAAUAAUUUUUCAUCAAUAUUUCAACUUUACAGUUUGCCAUUAUUAUUAAAUCAAUUUUUAACUGUAUUUAUCGACACUCUACUAAAUGCCCUAUCGUUAA